CAAAGGCCAAGGCUAGCCAAGCUAUCUCCUGGGAUCACAUCAAGCUUGAGCUCACCACAUCCCCAGAGGCAGCUGAACCCUCUAUACUCACCAACCCAGGUCAAACUCCAAAGGCUCCAUGGAGUUCCCUGGCCUGGGGGCCCUUGGGACCUCAGAGCCCCUACCUCAGUUUGUAGAUCCUAUCCUGGUGUCCUCAACAUCAGAAUCUGGGGUCUUCUUCCCCUCUGGGCCUGAAGGCUUGGACAGAGCAGCCUCCUCCACUGCUUCAAGCACUGCCACUGCUGCAGCUGCUGCACUGGCUUACUACAGGGAUGCUGAUGCCUACAGACAUUCCCCAGUUUUUCAGGUGUACCCAUUGCUCAACUGUAUGGAGGGGAUUCCAGGGAAUUCACCAUAUGCUGCUUGGGCCUAUGGCAAAACAGGGCUCUAUCCUGCCUCAACUGUGUGCCCUACCCGAGAGGAGUCCCCUUUCCAGGCCUCUGAAGAUCCAGAUGCGAAAGGAAACAUCAGCUUCCUGGAUACCUUAAAGACAGAGCGACUGAGUCCAGACCUCUUGACCCUGGGGUCUGCACUGCCUUCAUCACUCUCUGUCCCCAACAGUGCUUAUGGGGGUCCUGACUUUUCCAGUACCUUCUUCUCUCCCACUGGGAGUCCUCUCACUCCAGGGACCUAUUCCUCCCCUAAGUUGCGUGGAACUCUGCCUCUGCCGCCCUGUGAAGCCAGGGAGUGUGUAAACUGCGGAGCAACAGCCACUCCACUGUGGCGACGGGACAGGACCGGCCACUAUCUAUGUAAUGCCUGUGGCCUCUAUCACAAGAUGAAUGGGCAGAACCGGCCCCUCAUUCGACCCAAGAAGCGCCUGAUUGUCAGCAAGCGAGCAGGCACCCAGUGUACCAACUGCCAGACAACAACUACAACACUGUGGCGGAGAAAUUCCAGUGGGGACCCUGUGUGCAAUGCCUGUGGACUUUACUACAAGCUCCAUCAAGUAAAUCGGCCACUGACCAUGAGGAAGGAUGGUAUUCAGACUCGAAAUCGCAAGGCAUCUGGAAAAGGGAAAAAGAAACGAGGAUCGAGCCUGGGUAGUACAGUAGCAGUUGAAGGACCAACUGGUGGAUUCAUGGUGAUGGCUGGAGGCAAUGGUAGUGGAAAUUGUGGUGAAAUGGCCCCAGGCUUGACAUUAGAUUCAUCUAGUACUACUCAUCUUUACCAAGGCCUGGGUCCUGUGGUGUUGUCGGGGCCUGUUAGUCACCUCAUGCCCUUCCCAGGACCUCUACUGGGUUCACCCACAAGUUCUUUCCCAACAGCUUCCAUACCUUCCACCACCACUGCCACUGUGGUGGCUCCACUGAGCUCAUGAG